GGAAGGAAAUUCUGUCACUUAGAACAAUGGGCCUGUUUCUCUAUCUAUAGACCCAGAGAGCCUGAGAGCCAGGGAGAGCGAGAGCAGCACAACUUGUCCCGUUAGAAAAGAAAAGAAAAAGGGAAUUUACUCAAGAGAAAUGGAGAAUUAGAAACGGGCAUGUGUGUGUAGAUGGGUGAGACGGGUUUAGGCCUUUGAAAAAUGGAAUUUCAUCGAGAGGAGAAGGAAACACAUCAGGGUACUGGAUUACUGUGAGCUGCGUAUUAGCAUUCGGGUAACGAAGAAUAAUCAUAACACGCCAUAGAGGGAUCGGAAGUAUCUGUGGAUGGAGGGGCCUGGCAGUCCUCGCUUCAGAAAGCUCCAUUUCCCAGUGGGUCUGUGGAUCAACUCGCCCAGGAAACACUUCGCCAAGCUAGGUGGUCGCUGGCCCAGCGCUAUCUCUGUCAAGUCGACCACCAGCUCUGACGCAGCCUCCCUCCACGAGGCCACCUCUGCCCCUUCCUCUUCCCUUUCUAACUCCACCCCCUCGCUGGCUUCCCCUACCCCAUCCCCGUCUCCCUCCCCGGCCUUCCUCAGGCCGCGGCCUGCUGGGACCCAGUCUCGCACAAAACGCCUUUCCCAUCUCUUUCUGCGGGGGCGCUCCAACAGCGACCGGGACCGAGCAGUGGGGGAGAGGGAGAGAGAGGUUUGGGCACAUUCGGCUGCCCCGUCCUCUCACCACUACUUGCCCCCUGCUUCCUCCUCUGCCCCUGGUCUGAUCAAGAUUUAUGGGGAUGCCCUGUCCAGUGGAGCCAACUAUCGCUCCCUGCUGGCCAACAUCCACUCUACAGCCAGGCAACUCAUAGCCCAAGUCAUCACACGCUACACUGAGAGAGAGAGGGAGGAAACAGAUGAUGCAGUUCUCCAGAAACACAUCCCCGAGGACUUCCUAUUGUGUGAUGUCAUUGGAAAGCCCAUCAAGCAGCCAGAUGGAGCUAUCAAAUGGGAGACAGAGUGCCGGAGAAAUGUUGCCCCCUGGGAAUGUCCCUUGUUGUUAGUGGACAUGUGGCGGCCUAAGGACGGAUUUGAGCGGCGCUUUGAAAUCCAGAGGAGGGAAGACUAUGAGAGGGAAGAGAAGGAGAGAGAGAAGGAACGGGAGAGGGAGGGAGAGAACUACCAAGGUGUGCGCUGGCGGCGGAGCAGGAUGUCAUCAGGGGGCGGGCCGGAGGAGAGCGAGCGUGGUCACCGCGCGAGGAACACGGAGCUCAGGAGAAGCAUCAGCGACAUGAACCUGAGUCUGAGGCGACGCCAGGGGAACCAUGUCAGCAAUGAGCCACGCGGCUCUGGCAACCAGCCGAAUAACAAUGGUGCAGUGCAGGACAGGAAGAACAUUGUGAGCAUGAUCAACCCACAGCCGGGAGAGAAUAGGGGGUCAAAAGUUCAAGCAAUGGUUGGAUGGUUGAACCAGACAGUGGAGGACGAGAAGGAUUACUCCAGUUCCGACCUGGAAGUGAUGUCACAGAGUUUGAUCCUUCCACCCACAGACCGGCCCUACUUCCUGUUGCUGCAGGGUUACGAUCAGUGCAAGGAUUUUGUUUUGUACAUCAUGGCGGGACAUACGCAUGUGUUUGGAAGAAAGCCCACAAUGAGAGAGAGAGAGAAGGAUAGAGAGAGGGAGAGGAAAGGGAAGAGGCCUCUGAAGGUGGACACAUUCCUCUCUGCUCCUGACCUUUUGGCUAGACAUUUACUAGUGAGGAGAGACUCAGCUGUUCCUGAGACGCCCACCGGACAAGCUUUGAUGCGGCCCUUCAGGGGAGGUGCAGUUACACACAACGGAGUGGCCCUUUAUAGGGAGGCCGUUCUAAAGCCUGGGGAUGUGAUUGGUCUUGGGAACCACUUCCUCUUCCUGUACCGUGACCCCCGUGUCACCCCAGCUCCGCCGCUGGCACUGACCCUGCCGUGGCAGGCGGACGCCUCCACCACCUGCUGCCCCUCAGGCCUGGUGGACAGACAGGAAGCGCUGAGGCAGUACCUGGGAUCAACUGAGGCAGUGUUGAAAUUCCAUCCCCGUCAUACAGACACCUUGUUACAGGAUAUAAUCUCCAAAAACUCGUCUCCAGACUCUGGUGGUGGGCCACUGGCUCCUGCUUUCCUCCUGUCAAUCAUGAUAGAUCACGCCUCUAAACACCUGGACCCGGCUCUCACGCCACAGAUAUUACUCAAGUCAGCCAAUCUAAUUAAAGAAAUUGUCUGGGAUAACAUUAAGGAAUUCGGGGAUAAGCAUCCCACGCAAAAUUCCACAGAGCAAGAGGCUGAGAUCAGCACACCCAAUGUUCAGAAGCUCUCGUCUGACCUUCGACCCCUGAUGUUCUGGAUGUCCAACGCCACGGAGCUCCUUAACUUCUUCCAGGUCAGAGUUGAAACCAUGGAGAAAGAGUUUGAGUUUGAAGCCCCUGGGGACCCAGUUUUGACAGCUGACAUGGACACCUGCUCAGAAGCACUGGCACAGCUGGAUGAUGUCAUUAUGCACACUUUCCAGCAGUGUGUGUAUCACCUCACCAAGACCCUGUACUCAUUGCUCCCAGCUCUCCUGGACAGUAACCCAUUCUCUCGUGAGAACAAGGAGAAAGAGAAGGAUGGAGCAGUGGGAGCAGAGGGAGAAGAACAAACCAAGGAGGAAGGAGAGGUGGAUGACAUGUCUGCCUUACCACUCAAGGUUGCCGGGCUGGUGGAGGUGUAUCGCUGUUCCCUCAUGCUGUCGAGGGAGGCGUGUCUGUCCCCUCCCCUGACCUCCCAAACCUUUGGCUACCUCUUCUUCUUCACCAACACCUCCCUGCUCAACACGCUGCUGGAGAGAGACGGACUGUUCUCCUGGUCCAGAGCGGUCCAGAUCAGGACAAACUUGGACAUAGUUCUGGAUUGGCUACAGGGGGCGGGAUUAGGAGACAUUGCCUCAGAGUUUAUGAAGAAACUGUCAAUCACCGUCAACUUCCUGUGUAUUCCGAAGACUCGACUGAUCCAGUCGUCCUGGAACAGUCUAAUGGAGGACCAUGUCUUGUUAAGCCCGUCCCAGCUGCACCACCUGCUCACUCACUACAGGCUGGGGCCUACCAGAGCUCCUCCAGCGUCCUGGGCCCCUCCGCCAGGCACAGAGCUGAGUGGAGACAUCUUCGAGAGCUUCCUGGAUCAUCCUCCUCUCAUCUUGCCAAAUGAGACUCCACGCCUCGACCUGUCCCAGCCAAUCCCAAGCCCUGAGCUCCAAAAGGAAGUGACCCGUCUCCGCACCUUCUUGUGGGGACUCGACCAGGAUGAGCUCCCAGCCAAUCAGAGGACUCGGCUUUGAGGAAGCCCUUAUUUGUCUCAUAGAAGUAGAAAGGGAAAUCACCAGAAAAGGCAAACUGCAGACCACAUUAAAUCCAAAUCUGGAUAUGUUCUCCUCAUUUUGGUGCCCUGGCAAUUUUUUUUCAUGACAUUGCCAUAUCAGUUCAUUUAUUCACUUAAAUAUUUUCAAGUAUGACACAUGUAUUGGCUUUGGUAUGUCUUUAUAGAACUUAUUUUAAAGCAGGGAUCACACCCUGUAUCUGUUGGGCUACGUAGUGUUAUGCUUUACGUGACUGUUUGUCUUGGCUUCCAUGUAUGUUUUCAAAGUCCAUGUUUUUAAAUAAAAAGCUGAAUUCUAGUCUAAAAGA